AUGACUUGCCUCAUUGCCGCUCCCGUGCUGGGGGUUGGUCUUCAUGGGCUUCUGGCUGUGUGCCGUCGUCGCGGUUGGCUCACCUUUGCACGUGAUCCACCCAGAGGUGUGGAGGAACUGUUGGCAAUGCAAACUCCUAUGACGGGAUGUCAUCAUCACGAGGCACGGGCCACGGUAUCCUCAUAA